GACAACUCAUUUGUUUGCAACAUCUGCAGUGAAUCAUUCACUUGCAGCUCGAACCUCACAGAUCACAAACGUGAGCAUUCAAACUCCAAGCGAUACGCUUGCGACAUUUGCGGCAAAACAUUCAGUCGGCGUUACGCGGUAUGCGAGCACAAACGACUGCACAGUGGCGAACGUCCUUUUCAGUGCGAUCGCUGCGGCAAACGCUUCACAUUCGCCAGUGAUUUGACGAAGCAUCGACGAUCUCUGCAUGGGACUGUGAAGCCGUACAGUUGCGCUGAGUGCGGUAAAGAAAUGAGCACAGGUCGAGAGGUAGCGGACCACAAGCGACUUCAUCAGGGUGGUAACACGUGCCCCAUCUGUGGGAAGGUUUUUACAAGGCUACAUAACAUGAAGGAGCACGUGAGAGGAACUCAUGAGGGCUACAAAUCAUUCCCUUGCCCUUACUGCGACAAACGAUUUGUCUAUUCAGGCAGCUUGCGUCUUCAUAAACGUCUGCAU